AUGGCUCAGCAGAAAAGGAAGUUUCGUGAUAUGGUGCGUGAUUUCAUUUUCGAAAAUGAAAGUGGUGUUUGGUGUAAGAUCGGCGGGGAAGAAGACAAAUGUAAAUAUUACCAGAAAAAAUUUGAUGCAGGGAAUUUUGUGCGACACUUUCGUAACACGCAUUUCACGUUGGCAAAAACGAAGGGAUUUUUUAGAGACAAUGAAGAGAUCGAACCGAAAAGUAAAAAACCACGGAAGAGAUUGGUGGCGAUAGAUGAAGACACGGUGAAAUCAUCAUGCGUGAAACUAAUUACAAUUAGAAACAUGCCUCUGUGUUCCAUUGAUUGGCCGGAAAUGCGGGCACUAUUGGAUCCGAUUGGAGAAUCCUUAGGGUGCACCUUCACGUCAACAAAAACACUGGAGUUUUUGAAAACUGCUGCAAAUCGAAUUAAAAACAAAAUAAGCGACGAGCUUCAAGGUAAACUAUUUUCAUUAAAAAUAGACUCGGCUUCUCGUCACGGACGGCACAUUCUUGGGAUAAACGCUCAGUUUAUGAAGGAUGACCAAAUCAAGGUUAGAACUCUUGGAAUGGUCGAGGUUAAGAAAAAACAGACGGCAAAAUUUUUGAAAACCAAGAUACUGGAUGUGUUAAGCAUAUAUAACGUUGGACUUAAAAACGUUUUUUCCGUUACAUCGGAUAAUGGGUCAAACAUGUGCGCUGCUGUACGCGAAUUGCAGAGAGCAAUUGAAGCGGAGAUUGCCGAAGAGCAUGAAGAUGAGAACGGUGAAAUGGAGCAUUGGGAAGUUCUUUCGAAUGUUCUAGACGAGUUCAAGGACAGUGUAAGCUUAGUGAGGUGCGCUGUUCACACAAUGCAGCUUGCCGUUACUGAUGUUACAAAGCUGUACGAGGACAAUAUAAAAGCAGUGACUAACAUCGCCAAAGCUUGCCGCAAAAUUUCCUAUAAAGCGUAUUUCGAGGCAGAAGGGCAAGCGCUGCCGCCGUUAUACGCAAAGACAAGAUGGGGUGGAGUCUUUAAAAUGGUAGAGCACUUCAACAAAUUUGAAACGUUCUACGUUAAGUUGGGUGCAAUACACAAAGAACUAGAUUUAGAUAACAAUUGGAAAUUCGUCAAUAACUUCGUGCAAGCUUUUUCUCCAACUUACGAGGCUACAAUCAAAUUUCAGGAUAAGCACGUUGGAUUGUCGGAUUUCCAUAUGUUAUGGAUCAACACGAUCCGAAUGACGAAGUUAAUACACAAUCCAAUGGCAGAAGAACUUUCAAAGAAUCUCUUGAAACGAUUGGAGUCUCUAAAAGAAAACAUGCCGUUCAAAGCCGCCAUUUUGCUGGAUCCCCGAUUUUACUAUGAGGAUUCACGUGUGUUUACUCCUGACGAGAAAGAGCAAAUACGGGUAUGUUAUCAAAUUCAGAUAUUUUUAUAUUUAAAGAUUAAUCUAAACUUUUAUAUAUUAUAUACUAACAUCUGA